AUGUACCUGUUUCACAGAAGGGGAAACCAUGAAGUUUACCAGGGAAAACAACGGAGCUGCCUAAAUAUCUGGCUAAUUUUAUGCUUGUUUCCAAGUACCUGUGUAUCAAAUCCUUCAAAACCUAAUUUUUUACUGAUACUGGCUGAUGAUCUUGGUAUUGGAGAUGUGGGUUGCUAUGGCAAUGAUACAAUAAGGACCCCUAACAUUGAUGGCCUGGCAAAGGAAGGAGUGAGACUUACUCAGCACAUUGCUGCAGCUGCUGUCUGUACCCCGAGCAGAGCAGCUUUCCUGACUGGCAGAUACCCCAUCAGAUCAGGCAUGGCAUCUGGCAAUCAACGGCGGAUUCUCUUUUGGAAUGGGUGUUCUGGUGGGCUCCCACCAAAUGAAACUACUUUCGCCAGAAUACUGCACCAGCAAGGUUAUUCUACAGCACUUGUAGGGAAGUGGCAUAUGGGUGUGAACUGCAAAUCCCGCCGUGAUCACUGCCACCAUCCUUUAAAUCAUGGCUUUGAUUAUUUUUAUGGCAUGCCUUUUACCCUUCUGAAUGAGUGUCAAGGCACAGACGACCCUGAACUGGCCAAGUCUAUGCAAGAUACAUAUUGGCUUUACACACAGAUGAUCAUCCUUGCAGUGCUUACUCUUUUGAUUGGAAAACUUACCAAUUUAUUCUCAGUAAAAUGGAAAAUAAUCACAUGUCUGGCCAUCUGUGGUCUCCUGUAUUUCAUCUCCUGGUUCUCCAGCUAUGGUUUCACCAGAUACUGGAACUGCAUCCUGAUGAGAAACCAUAAUAUCACCGAACAACCAAUGAAUCUAGAAAAAACUACUUCUAAUAUGCUGAAGGAGGCAACUACAUUCAUUGAAAGAAACAAGCAUAGACCAUUUCUUCUCUUUGUUUCCCUUUUACAUGUUCACACCCCUCUCAUUACCACAGAGAAGUUUCAGGGAAGAAGCAGGCAUGGCCUAUAUGGAGAUAAUGUAGAGGAGAUGGACUGGAUGGUGGGCAGGCUUCUGGAUGUUAUUGACAAAGAAGGUUUGAAGAAUACUACAUUUAUUUAUUUUGCAUCUGAUCAUGGAGGAUCCUUAGAGGCUCACAGAGGAAAUGCUCAGUUGGGUGGAUGGAAUGGGAUCUAUAAAGGUAAAAUUUCACCAAUGUGUACAU